CAGGUUGGAGUAAAAAAAGUGUUUCGUUGCUGUGAUCUGAGAGCGUUGAUGAGCAUCUAGCUCUUGUUUGGGUCAUGAACAGAGACUGAAUGUAAAUACUUUCUGGGGUCAAAUCAAAGUGUGAAGAGGCAGGAAUCGUGUUGGACACGCAAAGGCAAGGGAUGGGGACAUGCCUGCAAGACUUCAGGAGACUCUUGGAUGAUUGCGAACUGUUUAUUUUUGAGAUCCUUCAAGAUGAGAACCUAAGUGAAAGUGCUGAAAAAACACGCCAGGUCCUUUUGAAUAACUUCAGAGUCGUUCAUGCAAGAAAUCCUCAAGAAUUCCCCUUGCGAUUGGACUUCAGGGAGGAAGAUGUUUCUGAUGAUAACCGCAGUUCCAGCCUGGGUCGCUCUGCCCCUUCCGACGACGCUUCAGUGGCUUCUGACUACCAGGAUGAUGUUCCAGACUACUUGGAGGACAACAUCCCAGUGGCAGCCCAAGACCUCACCAACAUUUUGAAGCAAGGUUACCUUGAAAAGAAGCGAAAAGAUCACACCUUCUUCGGACCAGAGUGGCAGAAGAGAUGGUGUGUCCUCAACAACUCGAUAUUUUACUACUUUGGGAGUGAAAAGGAUAAACAGCAGAAGGGUUCGUUUUAUAUUGGAAAUUACAGCGCACAGCUGGUGCCCAACCUGAGAAAAGACUCCAAAAAAAAAUGUUGCUUUGAGCUCACUGCUCCAGGACGACGGGCUUUUCAGUUUGCUGCCAAUAGCCCCCAGGAAGCCAAAGAGUGGGUGGACCAAAUCAAUUUUGUUCUCAAAGAUCUGAGCUCCACCACCAUUCCUGUGGAUGACGAUGAAGAUGAGGAAGACUACGAUGACAUUGUGCCUGGCAGUCCUCCGCAGCAGCUGCAUACCCGGGCCUCCCAGAGCAACAAACAGAGCGGAGAGGAGGACUGGGAGGCCGAGGAUGAGAGCGAGAAAAUCUACGAGGUGCUGCCAGAAGAGGAUUUCCAAGACCUUCAGAAUGAGAGCUUUGAGAAGAACAGCAGAUCAGAUUCCUCCUCAGAUUUUGCUAACUACUACCAAGGUCUAUGGGAUUGCCAGGCUGACGAGCCAGAUGAGCUGGACUUUCAAAGAGGAGAUCUCAUCUACAUUAUCAGCAAGGAGUACAACAUUCACGGCUGGUGGGUGGGUGAGCUGAACGGCACAGUUGGUAUUGUUCCAAAGGACUUUCUGCAACCUGCCUACAUCCUGUGAGCUGCAACAGGACUGCUGCAGACAUGUCCAGCCAUAUUUUCUAUAAGACAAACUAGAGUUCACUAUGUAAAUUCAUAUUUUUCUCCCUUUCAGACUGGAAAUUACAUUACCCAUAAUCCAUUUCUAAAGCUUAUUUCUGUUCCACAGACAGCAUACUAAUUAAUUUCAGGCCAUAAACAUUCAGAUUUCUAGAAAACAGCUGACAUUUUUUCCAAAAGAUGUUCAUUUUCUGUGUUUUUUCCUUAGACACAUUCACAGUUUUUUAUAAAAUAUGUAUAAUAGAACAAAAAUGCUUUAGUAAAACUGACAGAAUUUUCAAUUUAAAUGCAUUUAUUAGUUAACUGGUUAAAAUCCUCUGGAUUUAACUGAUUUUAAAAGGGGAAUUUUGCUGGAAAUUCCCUGUUUUAACACUUUACAGGAUUUACUGGCAAAACAUUUGAAACUAGACAACUGGUAUUAAAAACUUGCCAUAAAACCA